UGAUCGAGAAUCUGCACUAAGUCAUUUCGGUUCUCCUUGGCUCUGACAGCCGAUUCCCCAGAGUGAUGCUGCGGAUUCAGGCACGGCUGAGCCCCCGGCAGGGGACCAAACGGAUGGAGGCGGCCGCCCACCUUGGUCAGCCGGUGCCGGGCUGACAGAGGAGGCGCAUCAAGUCCCGCACGCGGUUGAGUUGGAACGGACGGGCCUGUAACUUAUUCUGCAGACACACACAGAGACAUCUUCGUCGUGGCUAUCCCUCAAGGUCCAGGAUGAUGGUCUUCGUUCCGUUGAUCUAUUUAUGGGCUCUCAAGUGGCUUAUCACCACCUUGGUGCUGGUUCUCGACUAGGAGCUUCCAGCCAUCACAUUGCCUGCUCCCGUCGCCCUCCCCACCAUCACGUAAAGACUUGAGAAGAAGUCCACAGAGCGAAGACGCCUGUGCGUGCAUUUGUUUAACCUGUACUUGAUGACGGACAAUCCACAGCCAUCACCGCUAACGUGAAGGAAUGAGACGGCAGCAGCAUCCGUCCCACCGUGCAACAGAUGGGAGAAAGCCCACCAGCCUAAUUUAAUCCACAAUAUGCACGGACAUCAACAUUAACCAACGUGCAUCAUCUUCAAAUAACGAGACAACGACAAGCAGCCCGUGGUUUUUAACUCGCACCGUGACGGGAACUCCACAGUGGGCCCGCCUCGCCAGGCCAGCGGCCGGGCGGCCACCCGCCUUGACGACGCGUUUUUGCGACAGUGGGGCGGGGCCUGUUGCUAGGCGCCGCGGGGGGCGAUUGGCGGCUCCCGGGGCCCCGGCCAUGCUGAUGCUGCGUGGUCACAGGGCCGGCCUUAAAGCUGUGCGCCUGGGCGCCGUGGCUGUGCUCCGGGCUUGCGGGCGCUGUCGUUCCGCCGGUUGCUUGCUUGGCAGUUUCGUGCCUUCUGCUGGCCGCCCGCUCUCGGCUUCUCUGCGGCCCGGGUUCGGUUCUCGUCCUGCGGUUUCGCUGAUGCCUCGGCGUCUCACCACCAUGGCAGCGGAGAGUAUGGCAGGGAGGAUGGUCUGGGUGGACUUGGAGAUGACUGGAUUGGAUAUUGAAAAAGAUAAAAUCAUAGAAAUGGCUUGCAUUAUAACUGAUUCAGAUUUGAAUAUAUUAGCUGAGGGUCCACACUUGAUUGUUAACCAACCAAAUGAGCUCCUGGAUGGCAUGUCAGAAUGGUGUGCAGAACACCAUGGAAAGUCGGGUCUCACACAGGCAGUGCGGGAUAGCAAAAUCACCCUGCAGCAAGCAGAAUAUGAAUUCCUGUCCUUUGUACGACAGCAUACCCCUCCAGGCCUUUGUCCUCUCGCAGGAAACUCUGUCCAUGCUGAUAAGAAGUUUCUUGACAAGUAUAUGCCACAGUUCAUGAGGCACUUGCAUUACAGAAUAAUUGACGUCAGCACCAUCAAGGAAUUGUGCAGACGCUGGUACCCAGAUGAAUAUGAAGAUGCACCAAAGAAGAAAGCCUCACAUAGAGCAUUGGAUGACAUCCAUGAGAGCAUCAAAGAGCUGAAAUUUUAUAGGAUGCAUAUAUUUAAAGAAGGCAAGGCAGAAGAGAAGAAAAGAAAAACUCACCUAGAAAAUGGUGACCAUAGCAAGCGAGGGAGCCAGAACCAAGGCACUGACUAAGAUGCUCAAAGUUCUCCCAACAAUCUGAAAUGUCCAUUUGCACAAUUCUUGCUCUGAGUUGGGGCACUUAAAUAUGCAAUAUUGUUAGUGACAGUUAAAAGCAAUGUCUAAAAUUUCUUCCAUGUUUUGGUUAUUUUUUUUGAGCAAUUGCAAUGAAACCUUUGCAUGUUGACUCCCUUUUUGUUUUGUUUUAAUUGGAACCCUUUUGGAAGUACAAAUCUGCAGUAGCAGUAAUUUAGAGCAUUACUUUAACUUUGAACAUUACAUCUGACAUUAACUCGUCUCUUUCUGGUAGAGAGAGUGCUUUAAGCUUGAAAUUGCAACUAAUAGUGCAUGCUCAGUGACUUGUUAGUGAUUUGGCUGAUCUCAAACUGCUUUAUUUUUAAAUCACGUUUGGACCAUAGAUAAGGAUUGAGGUUCUGAUUACUGGGGCCUUUUACAUUGACUGUUUCACUCAGCCUCUACUUUGAUAUGCCAUGUAAUUUAAUAAAGCAGUUGAAUAUAAACAUUUUUAUUCAAAAUUAAACUCCUGCCUGUUACAGCAAA